AUGUCUACUCAUCAAAAAGGAAACUUUACGCAUACCGAGUAUGUUGAAUCUGCUCCUCUCCCUGAUUCAGUUCCUAAAGUUGAUGAGCUUGGAGCUACUUCAGCACCUUUGAAGAGCGCAUCAUUUUUUAUUGGACAAUACUGUAAAGAAUAUAAUGAAGAUUUUAUGCUUUGCAAAAACGAAAAUAAUAAUCCCAAGCAUUGUCUUAAAGAAGGAAGAAAAGUGACUCGUUGUGCAAUUGAUUUAAUUACUAAGCUUCGAGAAAAUUGUGGAAAAGAAUUUGAAGCACAUUGGCAAUGUUUGGAAAACAACAAUCAAGAGUUCGGCGCUUGUCGUGUUCCUGAACAAACGUUUAAUACUUGUGUGUUUGAAAAAUUGGGUUUGGAAAAAAAAGUCCCUGGAGCUUUAGAAAAAUAA